UUGUCUCCCAGGCCACUUUUUACUGCUUCUCAGCACUUAUCGCCAAUAAUCAGCACGCUCCAGUUUGAGCCCUCCUGUCCUCUGAAUCCCCUCCAAUCUCUCUUCACCGCUCUGCACCUCUUCAAUCUCUACAGAAGACACUCCUGAGGAGGAAGCUGUUCACCUUGCCUCUUUCGCAGGAAUGCCCACAGAAUCAGCAGCAGCAGCAGCAGCAGCAGCAGCAGCAGCAGCAGCAGCGACAACAGCAACAGCAGCAGCAGCAGCAGCAGCAGCGACAACAGCAGCAGCAGCAGCAGCAGCAGCAGCAGCAGCAGCAGCAGCGACAACAGCAACAGCAGCAGCAGCAGCAGCAGCAGCGACAACAGCAGCAGCAGCAGCAGCAGCAGCGACAACAGCAACAGCAGCAGCAGCAGCAGCAGCAGUAGGAGGAGACAGCAGCAGGAACUUAGCAGAAGUGGCAUUGAUGGGGGCAGGAGCAGCCAAAGGGCUACAGGGGAUAGGAUAUCGAGAGAUAUUUCUUGCCUUUGAGGCCACGUGUGUUUCCUUCUCAUUGCGCUGUUGCCAUUUGCUCUCUUGGUCGAAUAAAGAAACCCAUUGAAAUCAA